AUGCCUCCCACCGGCGACGACCCAUCGGCCGCCGCCGGCAUCUCCUUCCCCGACGCGGAUGGCGGCGGCGGCGAUUCUGAAGACGGCGACUUCGCCGACGCCCACCUCCUCGACCCCACCGAUCCGGGCCUCCCCAACACCACCACCUCCUCCUCCACCGGCCUGCCCCACGCGAUCCCUGCGGCCGGGGGCGGCGGCGGCCCGGUCACCUCCGGCAACGGCGGGGAGCGUCGUCCCCUGUUCCAGCGCCUCUGGACCGAGGAGGACGAGAUCGUGAUCCUCCGCGGCUUCGCGGAGUUCACCGCCGCGCGCGGCACGGCGUUCGCGUCGCACCAGUACGACACCGACCCCUUCUACGAGGACAUGCGCCGCCGCCUCCAGCUCGACUUCUCCAAGAGCCAGCUCGUCGAGAAGCUCCGCCGCCUCAAGCGCAAGUACCGCAAUUGCGUCUCCCGCCUCCGCGAGUCCGGCGCCACCUUCACCUUCCGCUCCCCGCACGAGCAGGCCAUCUUUGAGAUUGCGCGCAACAUCUGGCGCCCCACAAACAAACACGGCCGCGAUCCCUCGGCCGACUCUGACGAUGAAGACGCCGCCGCCGCGACACAGAUACCUGCCAACACCAGCCCCAACGGAGAAGUCAAGUCCCCCUCCUCUGCACGGCAGCGGCGCCGCAGGCGGGUGACGGAAUUCAACCCUGCCACUGGCGCCUCCCCUGCCACAAACAUGUUGCAGCCCCCUCAGCCAGUGCAAUUGUCUGUGUCAGUGCCUGUCAAGAUGGAUGACUCCCUCCCAGCACAGCCCCAGACUCCAAUGCCAGUGAUGGUGACCAUGGAUGGCUCAGAGCCUCUCAGGUUGCCAGUCGUGUCGCCUCAAUCAGGUAUUUCGGAUGCUGAGAAGACUUGCCUGACUCCUCUUUUUAAGGAGAUGAUACGCGCAGCGAUAAAUGUCGGAGCAAACCCUUUUGGUGCAAAACUGCCUGAGCCGCCGCUUGGGUUGCCCAUGGAAGGGGAGAAGUGGCGGAAGCAGCGGAUUUUGGAGCUGGAGGUGUACUUGAAGAGGAUCGAGCUGCUGCAGGAUCAGGCGAAGGCAACGCUUGAGGAGCUCAAGUCCUCCACCCCUGGGACUUAA